AUCGACUUGGCGCGAAUUGUGCACGUCAACAAAGCCUGGCUUGAUCACAGCUCGAGCACCGCGUAAAUUCCGUUAAAUAUAGCGAUGGAUGUCGCCGAACAAGCAGUGAGAACUAAUGUGGUCAAAGAUGAACUUGGAGAGCGAUGUCAGAAGUUAUUUCAAGACUUUUUAGAGGCUUGUGGCGAGGAAGACGAUCUGAAAUAUCUUGACCAAGCAAAGGAGCUGAUUCGCCCUGAGCGUAAUACCUUGACAGUCAGUUUUGAAGAUGUGGAGAAAUACAACCAGAGACUGGCCACAACCAUCUUGGAGGAGUACUACAGGGUGUACCCAUACCUGUGCAAUGCGGUGCACAACUUUGCCCAAGACCGCGGUAAUGUGCCUCCAUCCAAAGAGUUCUAUGUCAGCUUUGUAGAUGUGCCCACCAGAAUAAAGGUGCGUGACCUGAACACUUCCAAGAUAGGCACCCUGCUGAGAAUUAGUGGUCAAGUGGUCAGGACUCAUCCCGUCCAUCCAGAGCUGGUCAGUGGAACAUUCAUGUGCCUGGACUGUCAGACUGUCAUUAAAGAUGUGGAACAGCAGUUUAAGUACACUCAGCCGUCAAUAUGCAGGAACCCUGUGUGUAACAACAGGUCGAGGUUUAUGCUUGACGUAAACAAAUCACGCUUCGUAGACUUCCAGAAGGUUCGGAUCCAGGAGACACAGGCAGAGUUGCCCCGGGGAAGCAUCCCCAGAAGUGUGGAGAUAAUCCUGAGAGCAGAGGCAGUGGAGACAGCCCAGGCCGGAGACAAAUGUGACUUCAUUGGAACUCUUAUUGUGGUACCUGAUGUGGCACAGAUAUCUCAGCCAGGUGCUAGGGCCGAGACAGGCAGUCGUGUCCAUGGCAACAAAGGUUUUGAGUCUGAGGGGGUGCGCGGUCUCAAGGCGUUGGGUGUGAGAGACCUGUCCUAUAGACUGGCCUUUCUGGCCUGCACAGCCAUGCCCAGUGACCGCAGGUUUGGAGGACAUAACAUGCGAGAGGAAGAAAUAACUGCAGAGACCAUAAAGAAACAAAUGACUGAGCAAGAAUGGCAGAAAGUUUACGAAAUGAGCAGAGACAAGAACUUGUAUAAUAACUUGUGUUCAAGCCUUUUUCCUACUAUACAUGGUAAUGAUGAAGUGAAAAGAGGUAUCCUGCUGAUGCUGUUUGGAGGAGUCCCCAAGGUGACAGAAGAGGGCACACAUCUUCGUGGCGACAUCAAUGUCUGUGUUGUGGGUGACCCCAGUACGGCCAAAAGCCAGUUCUUAAAACAAGUAGAAGAGUUCAGUCCCCGGGCUGUGUAUACCAGUGGUAAGGCAAGUAGUGCUGCAGGUCUCACAGCAGCUGUAGUCAGGGACGAGGAAUCCCACGAGUUUGUCAUAGAAGCUGGAGCCCUCAUGUUGGCAGAUAAUGGUGUCUGCUGCAUCGAUGAGUUUGACAAGAUGGACCCCAAGGACCAAGUGGCCAUUCAUGAGGCAAUGGAACAACAGACCAUCUCCAUCACAAAAGCUGGUGUCAAGGCAACUUUGAAUGCUAGGACAUCCAUCUUGGCUGCAGCCAAUCCUAUAGGUGGCAGAUAUGACAGGACCAAGGCGCUCCGAUCCAACAUCAACAUGUCCGCUCCUAUCAUGUCUAGAUUUGACCUUUUCUUCAUUCUUGUGGAUGAAUGCAAUGAGGUAACAGAUUAUGCCAUUGCCCGCAGGAUAGUAGAUCUUCACAGCAAGAAUGAUGAUUCCAUAGAAAGAAUUUACGGAGUGGAAGACAUUAGCAGAUACAUCACUUUUGCACGACAGUUUAAGCCUAAGAUCAACAAGGAGGCUCAGGAGUACAUGGUGGAGGAAUAUCGUAGACUGCGUCAGCGCGACGGCUCCGGCGUUGUCAGGUCAGCCUGGAGAAUCACGGUGCGACAGCUGGAGAGCAUGAUCCGUCUGUCUGAGUCCAUGGCCAGGAUGCACUGUCAAGAUGAGGUCCAACCAAAGCAUGUUAAGGAAGCUUUUCGCCUUCUAAACAAAUCUAUCAUCCGAGUAGAGCAGCCUGACAUUCACCUCGAGGAGGAGGAAGAGGAGGAGGAUGGAGGACAGAUGGAGGUCGAUGAUGAAGACACAGUAACCAGCCAGCAGUCAGAUAAAGAAAACACGUCUCCCGAGGAGAGCCAGCAAGAGAAGAAGGGGAUGAAGAUGACGUACGAGGAAUACAAACAGAUUGCUAACCUCAUUACGCUGUAUAUGAGAAAGACGGAGGAGGAAACAGAAGCUGCAGACUCGGCAGGCCUGAGGAAGAGUGAUGUUGUCAGCUGGUAUCUGAAGGAGAUUGAGAGUGAAAUAGAGACAGAAGCAGAGCUGAUGGAGAAGAAGACCCUCAUUGAAAAGGUCAUUUACAGGCUGGUGCACCAUGACCAUGUCAUAAUUGAGCUCAGCCAGACGGGUAUUAAAGGUCGUAAACAAGAGGAAGACCAGCUCCACAGGGAAGAGGACCCUCUGUUGGUUGUGCAUCCUAACUAUGUCAUAGAUGCUUAGUGGCCCUCACCACCAGGAUUUGGUGACUGACUUGUUAUAUUUAAAUACUGUAUUUUGCUGAGAAUUAGUGAAUAGAUUUGGCUCAGGCAGGAAUUUUUUUUUUCUGCCAAGUGCAUCAAAGGUAAACAACCAACUUUGGCUGAAGAAAAGAAGUUCAACAUAAAAAAAUCCCAAUAUUAAAUGCCAAUUUAGUAUUAUUUUGACUAAAGAAUUUCAGCUAUUUUACCGAUUAAGAACUGAUACUGGUAUGAGCCCUGUUACAGGUUAUUUGUAUAUAUGGCAACUUCACGGUUGGUCUGAACUCUAAAAAAAAAAAAAAAAUUUUAAGUCAACUGGAGUAAAACAUACCCUCAAAUAUGUUGAUUAGUGCUGCCUCUUCAGUGAAGUGUUUUACUUGGAGCAGUUUUGUCAUUUUUUAAUUAUUAUACGGUGAUUUUGUGUAAUUUGUAAAAUUAUGAUUUUUAUACAUAUAUUUCUGUUGUUUUUGCAUAGUGUAAAUAUUAUAACUGGUAAUAUUGAGAAAACCAUACAAAUUGAUUCCUAAUAACAAAUGGAUAAUUCUUAGACCAUAGCUUUUGGAACAAUCUGGAGCAAUUGCUUAUUUUGCAUACAUCUGAGUCUUUAAUUAUUUAUUUGUUUAUUAUCAUUACUUGUAAAUACACAAAUGUAGCUGUGCUACUUUGUCACCUUUCUAAGUGAUUGAUAACAGUUUAAGAGGAAAUUGAAAUAGCAGUACUUUUGAUAUGUAAAUAAAAGGUUAUAAGAC